AUGCGAUCCACGCUCGCAUGUCGAUGGUGCCGGAAGUCCAAAGUUAAAUGCUCGCAGCAUGAUGGUGAUAAGCCAUGUAAGCUUUGUGUACGAGCAGGGCGCACCCGCGAUCAGUGUGUCCUUGAGCAGCCCCCACCCAAGUCCAGGAGUCCUCGCCGACAGAUACUCAGAGCUAAUGCGAACCGUACGAGUCUCAACACUGUCGAGAACAGUGCUUCUGAGGUUGCGAGAGCAAGCCAUGCUCAACGGAGAGACUAUUCCGCAUAUUCAUACAAAGACGAACCACUAUUUCGUUGUGUUGCUGACCAGAUGAUUACCGAUGUUGCUGAUGCCUUUACGAGAAAGUUCCCUGAGUUGAGCUUCGUACACUUGGCCGAUUUCAUGCAACAGCUGCGGACAUCACCAAAGCGUAUUCUGGUUAUCAAGCUUGCUGCUAUCUUUGCUCUGUGCGUUCGGCUGAUUGAAUCAUCGCCACUGCAGGGCCAGAGUCCACGUGCAGCAAGCCAACAGUAUGCCACAUUCGUUCAGCGGAAUAUAUGGCCACAGAUUUUAAAUCAACCAGACGUGGACGCGAUCCAUUGUCUGCUUCUCAUCGCGCAGUAUGAAUGGGGCGAGGGCAAUGGCUUUGCGACAUGGAUGUACACUGGUAUGGCAACUCGCAUGUUGCAAGGUUUGCAAGCAAGAUCAGAAACAUCACUGCUGUCUGAAGAAAGUGCCUCGCAGAGCGAUCAAAGCCGAGAGACAGUCUCCCAACGUGAGAUCCAGCGACGCUCCAUCUGGGCUUGCUUCAUUAUGGAUCGUACGAUGAGCUGUGGCAAAGACCGUCCGGCUACUCUUCAUACGAAGGAAGUGUCUAUAUAUCUACCCGCGACCGAAGAUGAUUUUGAUCUGGGAAUACCAACCUCGGAGCCCCUUAUGUACUCACAGCUCGUAGAGCGGAAUCUCGGUCGCCCUGAUAAGACUUUCAAGAUAGGCGAUUAUUAUACGGUGACAAUACGAAGCAUGGAUAUUUUCGCUCAUGAGUGCGAGUGGGUAACCAAUGGAGGGCGCCGCCAAGCGUCUGCACUUGGAUCGUGUCCAUGGCAGGCAGAAUCACCAUGGCAUAAAAUCAAGACUGAGGUCAUCGAGUGGCGAAAAAUGUUACAUGAACGACUGCAAUAUCCGCAAACGGCAGUAUCUCUAUACGUUCACAGAAGAGAAGCAGAGCGGUUCGUAUAUUUGAAUCUGAUCCACUAUCUCAGUGUGUUAAUUCUCUAUCGAGAAUACCUACCAUUCAUCCCUUCAUAUCUUUCAGAAGUUCAAGGCCCUGUCGAACCGCCGCUUUUAACGCAAGUGGCUCCUGCGGGUUGGUGGAGCGAAUACACGACCAUACUGUUCGAUGCAGCCACACAAAUAACUAACCUCAUAGAGGAUCUGAAGGCUGCGGGCAUAUUAUUACAUACGCCUAUCGUAGGGUAUAGUGUAUUCUCUGCAGCAAGCAUGCAUGUUUUCCUUGCCGCAUUUCCAUGGGCCGACCCAAGGUCAAGUACACGGUUAGACGCUGAGAAGCUAGUGGACCAAGAUCUACAAUAUCUCCACGACUUCGCUCAGAUAUGGCCUUUGGGCACAACCUGGUUGCAAGUUACUCGCCAAACACAGAGAUUGUACCGGCGUAUUGUUCUAGAGGGGUCGUACUGUCAGUACCAGAAAGAUGUUGUCAAGCUCAGAAAGACCAUUGAGCAGUAUGGAACGCUUUCUGCUUCCCAACCCAGCAACGAAAACGAACUGGAACGGAACGACAUCGAAAACCUGGUCGUGGAGUCAACAUCGCCAAUGGCGAGUGUUGAGGACGGCAUAGGAAGUAGCUAUUGUGGAACUGUCCAAGAUCUUCCGAGUAGCUCUUCUUGUAACUUCCAAUCACCACUUCCAGUGGUAAACCCAGGGGAACUGCACGAGCACCAUAGUAACGCUUUUGUUAAUGACUGGAGCACAUGGGGACAAGAGUCUCUCAUGGGUCAGCAGCACUUUGGCAACACUUUGAACUUUCCCGAUCUAUCACAAAAUUGGGAUGAGCUCUAG